CCAUAGAGAGAACGAAUGAUAAAAUAGCCGAAAAUCCGAUUGUAGCUGAUAUUAGUAAUCCUUUUAAUUGUAUUCAGUUUAAUAAGCCUACUGUUAGUGUUAGUAAUGGUGAUAAAUCAAAUAUUCGGAACAAUACAAAUGAUGAAAUCAUUUCAGAAUUUAUUUCAGUAAAGGCAACUAUUUCCCCUGGAAUAUCUGCAAAUUCAUAUAUUGAAGUUGAGAGAUUGCAAAAAUUACUUAUUAGCCGAAAAGAUGAUAUUGACUGUAUAUUAAAAUCACAGCCUGUGUAUGCCAUAGGAAUUGAUUUUCAAAAAAAUUCUACUAGUCCAUGUAUUGCCUGUUGGGUUGCUAAGCCUAUUGAAAUUCCGAUUCUAGAGUGUCUUGAAACCAUGUUUGAUGACCAGUUUGAAGUUAUAUACCGAAUAGUAAAACCUCUGGAUAUAAAUGAUAGUAAUGAUAAUGAAUUAUUAAAUAAUGAUUACGAUGGCAGGAUAUUGGGUGAUAACAAAACAACUAAUUAUCCCUUUUCAAAUGAUAGAGAAAGCUUAAAGAAGAGGCAAGUAAGUAAUAGUAAUGACCAAUAUAAUGAUAAUGAUAAUGACAAUGAUGGUCAUGGUAAUAAUAAUGGCAAUGAUGGCUGCAGUAGUAAUAAUAGUGCAGAUGGUGGAGGUAGUGACAAUAAUAAUAAUAGUGAUGGUGGUAAUAGUAAUAAUGGUAGUAAUGGUAACGGAGAUAGCAAUGGUGGUGGUAUUGAUGGUGGUAAUAUUAGUAAUGAUAAUAAAAAUAAAAAGAUUAUUGUUGAUUCUAAUGUAAAUGCCGAAGUUAUAAAUUUAGAUAUAGUUCAAGAUUUUAAUAUCACUGCUAAUAUUUGGGCAAACACCGCUCCUUUUGAAGAAGAUGUCGGAAUUUUAAAUUAUGAAAUUGAUGUAUAUGGUUGUGGAAUAGGAGAUAUGCUUAGUAAUAAUUGGCCAUUACUAAAAAAAUUAGGUUGUGGUUAUUUUCUUCAUUCUAUCGAAGUUAACAUUUCUCCAUUACCUGAAAAAAAACGAAAUUUCACUUUAAAAGGUAUAUCACAACCAACACAAUCAAAUCGAGAAAUCGAAUUUUUAACAGCUAAUGAAAAAAAUAUUAAUUUACAAGUUGGAACAUCGAGCGGCAGUAUAGCGGGUGGAAUAAAAAAGGCUAAUAAUACCAAAUUCUCAUCAAAUGAAUGGAAAUUAUCUUAUAAAGGUCCUAUUACUAAAGGGGAGCGUUGGUUAUAUCAAUACGUUGAUAAUAACCAUGAUAAGGAUAGCAGCAAUAGAGGAAGUUUUGCCCCUGGACUCCAUUCUGGUCAGUGGCUUACUAAGAAAGAGAUGCAAGGAUUUUGUAUUACUAUUACUCAAAUAUUACGUUGUGAGGUUACCCAUGGUCGCCGUAGAUUUAUGCCACAAACAAAACCAAAUUUAUUGCAACUUUGCCCAAUGAUGUCUCAUAGCCUUAAAAUAACCUUUAAUGAUCUUAAAGACUUUAAUGCAAACUUAACAAAACUCAACAAAACUUUAUAUACUAAUAAUGACAACAUUUACAUUAAUGUUGGAGGUAAUGAAGUAGUAAAUAUUGAAAAUGAUGAAAACCAAAAAAUUAAGAAUUUGAAUGGGGAAAUCAAGCGAUCGUUUGUAAUUUUAUAA